AUGGAUACAUUAAGUUGGAAUCAUUCAGAUAAAGUUCCAAUGUAUAAAGAAGUUAAAGAAGAAAGUCCAUUUAAAAUAUUAAAAGAAUGGGUUCAAUUAGGAAAUAAAAUUGUGAUAUUUAAUUCAGAACAACAUGAAAUGAUGCCACAUGGAUUAUGGAAUAAAGUUUCAGGAAGGAAGAAUAUUAUGUUUAUUGUUAUUAGUGAAUAUGGAGAUAUUUUUGGUUCAUUCCAUGGUGUAGUACCAACAAAACAAGGAGAAUGGGUUUGGGAAGAUAGUCAACAAUUUAUUUUUACUAUGAAGAAUCAGUAUGGAGUAAACCCAAUUCAAUUUAAACCUAAAACAAUGACACAUUCAUUGUUACGGAUUUCAGGUAAAAAUAAUACAAAAAAAAUGUUUUGGAUUUCAGAUGGAUAUAGAGUUAAUGGAGAUGGGAAAGGAUAUAUUAGUAAUUCUUUUAGUAGAUUUUAUAAUGAUAGUACAAAAAUAGGACCAUUAAUAUUUACUAAUAGUGUUUAUCCGAAUACUUUUAGUAUAAGGUCAUUUUUUGUGAUUCAAUGGUAUUAA